AGCCCUUCACUGCAAUCACUUGAGCUACUGCAUGGCACACUUGUCGGCCGCCAGCCCAGUGAGGUCGCCCAGGCGGCGCUUCUUGAGCACCACAUCCAUCCGGCCGCCUGUCCAGUCUGUGUGGUCGAGGAAGUCGCCCCUGGCCCCGCAGUGGCACAUGCGAUACCUCGUGCGGAUGUCGCCGGUGAAUGCCUUGAGGAAGGGAUACUUGCCCUCGUCGGGCUUGAUGUCGUCUCCAUCAUCGCUCCAGGAGAGCACCGGCUGGGCAUCUGCGGAAGUCAGCAGUACGGGGGAACAUGUGCCAUCACAUGGAUGCAUUCAUUCUCUCGGUCGUUGCUCACAUUCCCGUGUGUUGACGGUCAGCACGACACUGUUGGGCUGCAGCAUGAGGAUCAGGUCAUAGUACACGCGGAAGUGGUCAGGCGAGUAGGGGGGUGGGUUCUGAUCCUGCAAUGGGUAGUUGUACUGAAGUCGCGGACAGACAGAAGAAUGGCAGAGGAACAUGGCAAUUACUGAUGCAUCCAGUGCAGCGCACCUCUGUCUUGACGUGCAUUGUGAGCUGGCGGAGCGAGAGGCGCUCCUGCAUGGCGGUCCACAAGGCGCCGCCUUUCUCAGGCACCACCAGGGGGCUCUCCUGCACCUCCGUCCGCACCUCCAGCUCGUCCAGACACACACGCUUGGUGCCCCCCUCCCCUGGUUGAGCCGCAGUGCCCUCAAACAGACACGCAAAUGCGUCAAAGGCCGCCCACCUGAACACCGACAGACCAGCUAUGACCCCACCGAUCCGACCCACCCCACCCCCACCACCUACCAGGGCACACAAAUGAGUCGAACAGUGUGUAGUGUGUGCGGCAU